UCCUAUUGUGCUAGGCACUUUAGACUGUAGACCAUUGUAUUCCUUUUAGCUCCAGUUCUUCUUCCCGCUGGUUAACCAGGUUCUUCUUCUCUGAAUUUCAGAGGAAAUUAGGGUUCCUUGUUUUCUUAGCGAGUUGGAUCUGAGGAAACUGUCUCUUUUCAACAGGCAAAUCUACCGAAAGGUAAAAACGAAAGAUGAUGCUUAAAAUUGUCUUAUUGAUGAUUGCUUGGAGUGGCUGAGGUUUGAACAAUCAUAGUCGAGCUGAUGGUCAAACGAUUGAAAGAGGAUUUCUUAAGCAGCGACGUGCAGAUGGAUGUGUCUGAGAGGGGGUGCAUAGAAGCGGCUUCUGAAGAAGUCUCUCAUCAAUUCAGAACUCUCUUGAAUUCAGAAGAUGUUGAUACCCUCAAGCAUUUGCAGCUCUUAAUAUUGGGAAGGCUACAGGAUAGUAAUGCGGUCUUAUCGCAUUUUAAUGAUUUCUCGGAGCAGUGUUAUGCCGAAGUGGUGAGCGAUUUCACAAGGAGUACGCACGUCCUGAGAUCUAUGAAGGCGGAUCUUGAUCACAUCUUUCAGACCCUGAGGAGUAUGAAGGCAAAGAUAUCCAGUCAUUAUCCGGAUGCUUUCAAGGAAGCUUCAAUUGCAGACCAAAGACCUGAUCUGGAAACGCCCUUGUAAAUCUUUCACACAACCCCAAAGAAGAAAAGAAAAACAAAACAAUGACUAGUGUAAAUUAUUCUUGUGGUGCAUUUUAUAUUCCUAUCUGUAUAUUUUUGUACUUGAAGUUCUC